CCGCGGUCAUGGCGGGUGAGGAUAAUCAGUGGCCGGGCAGCAUCCUCUACAACAUGCUCAUGAGCGCUAAGCAAAAGCCCGAAGCAUCAGAAGCAGCGGAGCCCAAGGUGCGGCUGAGGGGCGCAUGCCUGGGCUGCUCUUGUGGAGUGGAGCCCCCGUUGGGCAGAGAAGGGCUGCCAAAUAGGCGGCCAGUGGCGGUCCUGUACCGCUGCUGUUUGUGCGGUGAAGACCACCCACGGCAAGGCAGCAUUCUCUACCACAUGCUCACGAGCGCAAAACAAACGCAAGAAGCUUCGGAGGCACCCAAGGCACGGCUAGCGGGGAAGUGCUGGGGCUGCUCCUGCGGCUCGGAGCCGCCGGUGGGCAGAGAGGAACUGCCGGGCAGGCGGGCCAUGGCGCUCAUAUACCGCUGCUGCUUUUGCGGUGAAAACCACCCACGGAAGGGCAGUAACAUCCUCAACAACAUGCUCACAAGCUCAAAACAAACGCACGCGGCUCAGCCGGGAGUGCUGCCGGGGGCCCCCUCGUGGAACCCAUCGAGUGGCGCGCAGCGGCCGGUGACCCUCAAGAGUCCACAAGUGACCUGCGAGGCAGCUUCAGCGAGCCUGUUGAAGACCAUGCGCUUUGUCAAGUACUUACCCUGUUUCCAGGUUCUGCCCCUGGACCAGCAGCUGGUGCUGGUGCGCAGCGGUUGGGCGCCACUACUCAUGCUAGAGCUGGCCCAGGAUUGCGUGAACUUCGAGACCAUGGAGACAUCCGAGCCCAAUCCACUGCAGAGUAUCCUCACCGCCAGGCGGCAGGAGACCGCCGACGAAGAGCCGCCAAGUCUCCCUACCCUGCAGCAACACUUGGUGCCACCAUCAGAAGCCAGGCGUUUGCCGUCAGCCACCGAAGUCCAAGCUAUUAAGAGCUUCCUUACCAAGUGCUGGAGACUGGGCAUCAGUUCCAAGGAGUAUGCCUACCUCAAGGGGAUCGUGCUGUUUACCCCAGAUCUACCAGGUCUGCAGUGUGUGAAGUAUGUUCAGGGACUUCAGUGGGGAACUCAGCAGAUCCUCGGCGAACACACCAGAAUGAUGCACAGAGGGUUCCAUGCCAGAGUUGCUGAACUGAAUAGUGUCCUUCUUGAGCUUCGAUUCAUCAGUGCCACUGCCAUUGCUGAACUGUUCUUCAGGCCCAUCAUCGGCGCAGUCAGCAUGGAUGACAUGAUGCUGGAGAUGCUUUGCACGAAUUUAUAAAGGCAUCUGUGGGCCACAGAAGUGCAGUUUGCCAUGAAGAAAUGAUAAGGAACUGUGUGUAGAAGAGUGUAAAUAGCCUAAAAUAAACUUUCUUAGUAUUUUUACAUGCAUAGUAUUUUUGUAUUCAGUUAAAGAAAAACUUUAGUUAAAGACAGAAAAUCCCGUUUCAUAGUAGUUCACUGUGAAGGAAAACAUUUGCAACAGGUAACAUAUCUCUGUACAUCUUUAAAGAAUGAACAGGGUAUGACAUUAAUCUAUUUUCACAAGUUUAAUAACUCCCCAGUGAACCUGCUAAAAUCAAAUUUGUAACAUUGUUUUAAUAAAUGUUAAGGUAUUAACCAUUAACUUGAUUGCAAAAGGUUUCAUCAGGUUUUAAGACUUCAAAAAAGAUUUUAAAACCUAGUCAACAUAAACAAAAAUUAAGUUACCAUUGUAGAUGGCAUUAUAGCAUUUAACAUUAUGACAUGUCAGGGCCAGUGAGGGUCAACGUGUCUCUGCCUUCAUUUCCACUUCCAACAUCUGUAUGGAAGUCUUUGUACCAAGCAGAGUCAAGUGGCAGUCUGCAAUCAUAGAGACAUCUGAGAGUGAAGUAGGAGUUUUUCAGAGUUUUAGUUUGGGAUUUUUCUCACACAGUAAAUAAAGGUCAACAAGAAACUUACAUUUUAUAGUUCCACAGGCUCAACAUCAUUAUAAAUCCCCAAUUAUACCUUACCUUUUAGAUAUAUUAUAGAGGUACUUAUCAAGUGACUUUGUUGUUGGCUCCUGCUGCCUCUUUAAAUGUCAUCUGUAGAACUAGCUCUCUCUGGAUAAAAUUUAGGACACUAAAUGUUUAUUCAUUUAUAGGUAAUAAAUUGACCAUUAGUGAUUCAUACAUCUAGACCCACUGCAAGGAGUCUUCAACUUCCUUUUGUGUAGAUCCCUUCGGCUGUCUGGUGAAUCCUAUGGACAUCUUAGAAUCAGGCUGUUAGAAUAACACAGCAAAUAAAAUAGUUACAAUUGCAAAGGUAAUAUGUCAAAGUGUAUUAAAAGUGUGAAAUUUUAGCCCCAGCUGGUGUGGCUCAAUGUAUUGAGUUCUGGCCUGUGAACAAGGGGGUUGCAGGUUCGAUUCCCCAUCAGGGCACAUACCUGGGUUGCAGGCCAGGUCGUGUGAGAGGCAACCAAUCAGUGUUUCUCUCACACACUAAUGUUGUUCUC